UUCCGGGCAGCAGCAGGACGGAUAAGCUGGAAACACAGAGUCGUAUAUUUUGAUUUUAGCAUAGCUGGGUUACACUCCUAUAUUUUAAGACUUUUUGACUGUGUUUUCGAGGCUGGUAAAUUUAACCCCAGCAGAGACGAUGUGAUAUCACGGUAAUGUUAGCCUGUCACUGUUAGCAAGCGUUAGCACGGCUAGCUAACGCCUGUGUUUUCCCCGGCAAGCUAGUCGGAAAAAGUUGUUUUAGACACGAUUAUUUAGGAGAGUAACGUUAUGCUGCUCGGCUAUUAAACAUUUUAGUGGCAACAAGUCGGCAGAGUCCGAUGUGUUUCAUCCUGUUAGCCUCUUUUAAAAUAACCUGAGCUAGCGAGAGGACGCUGAGUUAGCUUAGCUGAGACAUUUACACGACAUCAUCCACCAAACUGGACAAAACAUUGGAUCUAGUCGGCUUUAAAUCGGGCUCGGCGGGUUCGCUGACCCCCCAGAAAAAGAUGAAGAAGAGGAAGGAGCUAAACGCCUUGAUCGGACUCGGGGACAGUAAGAGGAAGAAGACCAAAAAGGGGUCCGGUCACAGGCUGCUCCGCACCGAGCCUCCGGACUCAGAGUCGGACUCGAGCUCGGACGACGAUGAGUUCAACAACCUGAGCAGCGGAGCCAACUUUGGGAAGAGAAGCUACACGCAAUGCUGUAAUGUCUGCUACCCGCUGUUUCUGUUCAUCAUACUAGCUGCCUGUGUCAUGGCCUGUGCUGGACUCAUAUGGAUGCAGAUCGCUCUGAAAGAAGAUCUGGACUCCAUGAAAGAAAAGUUGCACAGUAUGGAGUCCACCCAAAAGGUGUCGUCAGGUGAAAUACCAAAACUAAGUGAGGACCUGAAGAGCAAGGAGAGAAAGCUUGACGACAUUGAGAACGGGGACAAGGGGUUGAGCAAACUCUGGUCUAACUUAACAGAAAUGAACAGAAAGAUCAGUUUGCUGGAUUCUGCCGUAAACCACUUAAAGGCCAACUUGAAAUCAGCUGCUGAUUUAGUCAGCCUGCCCACAACAGUUGAAGAGCUUCAAAAGAGUGUCGCUACAAUUGGCAGCACGCUAACAAGUGUACAACACGAUGUGAAGACUAUGCAGGACGCCAUUGAAAAUCAAAAGAAAGAUGAUGAUGGCUUAAAGAAGAAGACAAUGGACUUAACAGAUCUGAGAAAAGCUGUGAGCGAGGCCAACAAGACAGAGGAGCAGCACCAUACGUGGACUGAUGAGCAGAUCCACAUCCUCCUCUCUACAGUCGCAGAUCUUCAUGUAAGAGUGUCAGCAUUAGAGAAUGGGUCAAAGCAGAGUGACAAUGACGCAGCAAAUCGACUGCCACAUCAAACAACUGAGCCGGUGAAAGACGUUGCAACCACCAUAGCAACACCUGGGAGUGUGCACGAGGGAUCCACACCACUGCCAGAGCCGCAGACGAGCAGACGUCCACGCUUCUUAACUCCAAACCGCGCUAAGAGAAAUGCUGAGACAAGAUGCCCAAAGAGGGUGUCCCUGCCUGGUGUCACUUCUCUGAAAGACCUGGAGGAAAUCUUCCAACAGGCACGCAUCGGACGUAAUUCACUCGGCUUGACCUACCAAGACCUGAACAAAAUAUUUGGAACAUCAACUCCCAGCGCUCGAACCUUGGAGUGCUUCGACAACGACAGGGACCAGAGGUACUCCUGGACGGAGCUGCGAGCCGCCAUAGGCGUGUGAGCACAUCAUCGCUCGAUGGCGGUGAACAGUAUUGGACACCCAGCGGGGUCUGGGGUUCGGAUUUCCCGACCCUUUUCUGUAAUUGCUGCACUUUUUGUGAACUGAAAUAUUUAUCAUACUGAUUGUGGAACAGUGGCGCUGGCAUGCCCCCCCCCCCUCCCGCCCCCCUGGUCCAUUCAGCACAACCUCAGCCACAAAAUACAAGCUUACAUUUUAAAAUGAAUCCAUGGUUACCUGUAUGCCGAAUGUUCAGCGCUUAUUUUAGCUAACCCCUUGGUUUAUAUGAAUAUACCAUGGAAAAGAAGUGUUGUGAAUAAUUUUGAAUCCAGUUUUCCACCUUCAACUUUCCUGCACCCAGGUUUUGUUUUUUAACCAAUCUUGUCUCCUUUUUGAUGUAACAUUUUUGAAUAUUUAGCUUCUUUGGAGGCUGUAAUUGUCAGUCUCUUGCAGUUUUCCUCGCCCAUCGACACCACCAGGUACAACUCACCUGAACCUUAUUUAUAGAACCCGAGGUAGACUUUUAUGAAUGUUUACAAAUGACUACUACAAACAGGAUUUGUGAGAGGCUUCGGUUUAGUUUUUAGCCAGUUUCCUAUCUUAACUGAAACACACAAUUGAGCAUGAGAGUGGUGACUUUUGUAAGUUAAACAUAGUUUCAGACUAUUUUCUGUUCAUUGUGUUUUCCUCAUUCAUCAUCUGUUAAUCGCUACAUUUUAAUCGGGAUCAUACGUUAAGUCCAUCUGUCCAUUUAUCUGUAGUGUUUUUUGUUUUUUUCUUCUCUUUUUUUGCUCUGUUUUUGCAGUUAUACUAGAUUUGAAGGGCUAUGAACACUUUGAAUCAUUGAGUAAGAUUUUUGAAGUGGUAAUUUGAGGCAUAUGUAGCAAUAACAAAAAGACUUAGAUUAUAGCUUCACUAAAAAUCGCAGUAGAUCUUUGGACGCAGACAGAAGGCACACCUAGCUCACAACGUGUAACAGGUAGUACAAGAAGCACUGACCAUCACUCUUUACUUGAUUCAUUUUAUUCCAUUUUUAUGGGCCUAAUAAUGGUGUCAUACUUUAACAUUGUUGUACUCUGUAAAAAUGGUUUAAAUGUAUUCUCAACAAAUUAUCUUGUGAAGGGCGUUGGGUUGGUAAAAGUUUUCAUUACCGUCUUAAUCUCAACAUUGUACAUUUUUUAAAAUAAUUCUGUUGUGCUUUGCAUGUUGCUUAUAAUGUAACAUGAACAAAUUAUUUAUAAACUUAACAUAGUCAAAUCCUUGUUUUUUUUUCCGCAGGACAAUGGUUAGUUGUGCUCAACGUGUAACAGCUUUGGCCAUCAUGACAGAGAUUUUGGGUCCAUGCUGCUACUGUAUGUGGGAGGUUUUAUGAAUGUGUUUUUGUGUGAGCACCAAUGAAUAAAAAGUUAAAAGGUUU